AUGCGCGCGCCGAUGCAAUGCGCAUGCGUUAAAAAAUCGGCGUCCGCUAUUCUCUUUGUUGAGGUUCUGCAUCUUAUAGGCGAGCCAGACUUUCGCGAUGUCAGAUUGCGUUGGGAGUACGGCGGGAAUGAAGAUGAAGAUUUGCAGAAAUUACUGGCCUUUCAAAUACAUUACUGUGAACUACAAGCCUGGGGGCAAUACAGAUGUAGGACUAAGGUGGUAGAUAGUUUUGAAGAAGAAAGAUCUUCUAGGAUGAUGAUUGAGACGAUGACCAACAAGGUACCAACCGGUAAACGUGGUAGGACCUACACCACAUAUAUAUCUGGUCUCCGUAUGGCUACCACGUAUUCUUUCGAAGUACGCCCUGUCAAACGCGAGGCUCGAGAUUUGGCUGACCCGCAAUCUAUUGGAUCUAAAAUAAUUAUUGUACCUACUAAAGGAUUUUCAGCGCGAGCUACCCAGUGCUUGCCUCAUGCUAGUGAAGUCGAGGUUUCUACGGGGCCUUUCUUUGGUGGGCGGAUAGCUGUGGAGGCGGCUGACGGUGGACCAGAAAGAUGCUCCCUUCAAGGGAAUCCGAAUAGUGCCCAAGAUGCCUACAUACUAAGGAUUCAUCAUGAAGAAUGCGGUUCAGAAGUCAACGAGACUACCGUCGCGACUUAUGUCAUAGUACAAGAGAACCUGCCGAUCCUCACUCACAGUACUCGCCGUUUCUUGGUGUUAUGCACCUACAAACCGGAGACAUUAACGGUGCGGGCGGGCAUCAACCUGCCAAAGUCAAAUCCAGGAGAUGUUUUGUUGGACACGAAACCACAAGGAAUCGUCGAGCCUUACGAUGACAACAACCUGCAACCCGCGAGACUUGAAGCCAGGAAGGAGGAAACACAGCAGAGUAUGUUCGGCGAAAUUAUGCUAGUGAUGUUCUUGGUAGUAGCAGCGUUUGGGGGUGUCGCUUUUCUGAUAUGGAAGGUCGUGCCUCAAGCUGGCAAAGAAGACAGCAUCUCUAUAUCAACAUCCUCAACCUUAUCCCGCAGCGGUAUAUUCAGCAGACGGAAUAUAGAUCGAUUCUCCGAUAAGAGUUCCGUAUACUCCAUCACUCUGUCAGAAAAAGACGUUAAGAAAAGCGAUGGAGACGAUACUUCCGAAGCUUAG